GCUGUGCACCCAUGCUUGAGCCUGAGCAAGUUCUACCAACUUCAAAAGUUGUAAUGGAUGGUUCAAAUGCUUUGAACAAGUCUACGCAAAGCCUGUGGUCCACCCAUAGAAAGGCGAAACUCAAUUUAAAUUCGGUUCCUCCUGCUCCGCUUUUGCCAAACACGCCUGCCGAGACACCUGCAGAAGAUACAAACCAACUACCCGCGUUAGACCACCCAGCUGAACCAGGGACUUCGAUACCUUCUCCAUUUUCCAUAACACCCGCUACGACUGAAGUGACCUCACCCGACACACGUCCCCCUUCUUCAAAGCGAAAAUUGCGCUCAGCCCGUUCAACAGCAGAAGACGGCAGUAAACGGCCGAAGCUAUCUACUAAUGCCAUAGCCAAAGAUCACACUCCCCCUGCUACUCGAUUGUCCGAUCUAGGUGGUGUAGAAGCAUGUGUCGAAAAGAUGCUUGAGCUUGUUGCCAUGCCUCUCUGUCAUCCGGAGAUAUAUCUGCACACUGGUGUGCAGCCUCCGCGUGGUGUUUUGCUGCAUGGCCCUCCGGGGUGCGGCAAAACCCUUCUAGCGAAUGCAAUAGCUGGGGAACUGGGUGUUCCGUUUAUCAGCAUAUCUGCUCCGUCCAUUGUGUCUGGCAUGUCUGGAGAAUCCGAAAAAACCCUACGAGAUACAUUCGACGAGGCUAAGCGUGUCGCGCCGUGUCUACUGUUCAUUGACGAGAUUGAUGCUAUCACUCCAAAACGAGAGAGUGCCCAGAGAGAGAUGGAGCGACGUAUAGUUGCACAGUUCCUGACGUGCAUGGAUGAUAUGUCCUGGGAGAAGACUGAAAACAAACCUGUGAUCGUCAUUGGGGCUACCAACCGACCAGACUCAUUAGAUGCUGCUCUCCGUCGCGCUGGCCGGUUCGACCACGAGAUUAGCAUGGGCGUCCCGGAUGAGGAAGCCCGAAACAAAAUUCUGCGAGUACUAUGCGCCAAACUCCGGUUAGACGGCGACUUCAAUUUCGCUGCCUUUGCCAAAGCCACUCCUGGCUACGUAGGUGCAGACCUAUCGGCAUUAACAGGCGCAGCGGGCGUCAUCGCCGUCAAACGCAUUUUCAAACAACUCACAGACGGCACGCUCGUCCUUCCUGAGGCCCUAGAAAACGACCAAGGUACCCCAAUGACAGUGGAUCCGCUACCAACGCCCCCAGCCGAUACUUCAUCAAGUGUAACCCCAUUUGUCUCACUAGCAUCCCAACUCUCCACUUCUUCCAUCGCGCAUUUCCUCAGUGCACAUCCCUCUCCUCUCACACCCGCUCAGCUUGCCCCUCUCUGCAUUGCUUCGGUCGAUUUUUACGCCGCGCUACGUGAAGUUCAGCCUUCCUCCAAGCGCGAGGGUUUUGCAACCGUGCCAGAUGUGACGUGGGCCGAUAUCGGCGCACUGCAUGGCACGCGUGAAGAGCUACAUAUGGCAAUUGUGCAGCCUAUCAAGCGCCCUGAGCUGUUCAGCGCUGUGGGCAUCGAGGCGGCGUGUGGCGUGCUACUGUGGGGUCCACCGGGAUGCGGAAAGACCUUGCUGGCUAAAGCUGUCGCAAACGAGUCCAGGGCGAAUUUCAUCAGCGUCAAGGGCCCUGAGCUUCUAAACAAAUAUGUCGGCGAAAGCGAGAGAGCUGUGAGACAGGUGUUCUCUCGUGCCCGUGCCUCAUCUCCCUGUGUGAUAUUCUUCGACGAGCUAGACGCUCUUGUCCCUCGGAGAGACGAAAGCAUGUCAGAGUCUUCCGCACGCGUUGUGAACACCCUACUCACAGAACUAGACGGACUUGACUCCCGCAAAUCUGUCUACGUCAUCGCCGCAACGAAUCGUCCCGAUAUGAUUGACCCAGCUAUGGUUCGCCCGGGGCGUCUCGACAAGCUCCUAUAUGUUGACCUACCAACCGCUGACGAACGCGUCGAGAUCGUACGGACGCUCGUGCGCAAAGUCCCAUUCGCGCCUACAGAACCAGACACCGAGACGAUACUGCAGGGCGCAGAGCACAUCGUGCGGGAAAAAUGCGAUGGGUAUAGCGGUGCGGAUCUGGCAGCUGUCGUUCGGGAGGCGGGAGUUGUUGCGCUUAGACGUGUUCUUGGUGCGCUUGAUCAGAUGGAUGACAGUGGUGGAGGUUCUGUAGAGAAUCAGCCGCGGGUGGUUGUUGUGUUGGAGGAUUUUGUGCGCGCUCAGGAUAAGGUCGGUCCUAGUGUGUCUGCUGUGCAGCGGAGGAAGUAUGAAGCGCUGCGAGCCAAGUUCGCUGGCCUUCCUGUGCGGACGGGGAAAGAUGUUGAUUAGAAGUGAGCUGCUGGUGGUAUCAACGUGAUAAUGGAUGCUAAAAAAUAUUAAUUGGCACUCCUGCGACACAUGCGCAAUUCGCUCGGUCGAGUACUGACAUGAACUUCGACACCACUCCAAAGCAGCCAGUUUGAACU